GUGACGUGCCUGCUGCUGCUUCCGCGGUGACGGCAGCGGCUCCGCUCACAGUCAGCGCAGCGGACUUCAUGCCGCAGUCCGAUCAGAGUGAGGACCCGUGAGAGCGCAGACCGAGCCGCCUGAUCCCCGCCCACCGCCGCAGUCUCCCAGGGACGAGAUUUAGUUCAGACCAUGUCGAAGAAAGGAGGAAACCGCGGGCCGGAGUUUGAGGGGCUGGUGGAGACGUCAAUCAUCCGGAUCCCUCCUCAUCACUACAUCCAUGUACUGGACCAGAACACCAACAUCGCCCGGGUGGAGAUCGGACCGCUCACCUACAUCCGCCAGGACAACGAAAGAGUGCUCUUUGCACCGGUUCGUAUGAUCAUUGUGCCGCCUCGUCACUACUGCGUGGUCCUCAACCCUGUGUCCCGCGAUGAUAACGGGCAGGUCCUCUUUGACCAAUCAGGUCAGGCCAAGCUCCGUCACGCUGACCUGGAGAUCCGUCUGACCCAGGACCCGUUCCCCCUGUACCCCGGAGAGGAGAUCCAGCAGGACGUGACCCCGCUGCAGAUCGUGUAUCCGGACACCGCCCUGCGUCUUCAGGCUCUGCUGGACUUUGAGGGGGAGGCAGGAGAGAAGAGAGUGGCCGGAGACGAGUGGCUGUUUGAGGGACCAGGGACAUACAUCCCGAGGAAGGAGGUGGCCGUGCUGGAGACCAUCAAGGCCACGGUGAUCAGAGAGAACCAGGCCAUCAGACUGAGAGCUCGCAAGGAGGGAGUGGACAGAGGAGGAGUCCACAGGGUCACAGGUGAGGAGUGGCUGGUCAGUAAGGUGGGAGCGUACCUUCCAGGUGCUCAUGAAGAAGUCAUUGACAUCGUGAAUGCUUUCAUCCUGACUGACAAGAAAGCGCUUCACGUCCGCGCUCUGCGGCCCUUUAAAGACGCCGGCGGGCGAGACCGGCACACGGGGGAGGAGUGGCUGGUCACCAUGGCCGACAGGGAGGCUCACAUCCCCUCUGUGGCGGAGGAGGUGGUGGGGGUGGUGGAUGUGACCACUCUGAGCAGCAGGCAGUACUGCGUGAUCCUGGAUCCGGUCGGACCCAACGGGAAACCUCAGCUGGGUCAGAAGAGGGUGGUGAAGGGUGAGUGCUCAUUUUUCCUGCGGCCGGGGGAGUGCCUUGAACACGGCAUCCAGGACGUGUACGUGCUGUCGGAGGAGGAGGGUCUGGUGCUGAGAGCUGUGGAGGCGUUCAACGACACCGAGGAGCAUGAGGAGGAAGAGGAGGCCGAGGAGGAGGAGCUGAUGCAGGAGAGGGCUAAGCGCUCUCGGAGGAGCGGCGUCCAGCGUCGCCCCGGAGACCGCUGGAUGUUGCGGGGCCCCAUCGAGUACGUCCCUCCCGCUACUGUGGAGGUGGUGCUGAGGCGACAGGCCAUCCCGCUGGACGAGAACGAAGGAAUCUACGUCCGGGACAUCAAAACCGGAAAGGUGCGUGCGGUGAUUGGUCACACCUACAUGCUGACUCAGGAUGAGGAGCUGUGGCAGAAGGAGCUUCCUUCUAAGGUGGAAGCCCUGCUGGCUUCUUCCAUCGACCCGCUGGCCGACCGCUCGGAACGGAUUGCAAUCAGAGACGGCCAGCCCCGGGACAGGACCCGGGUCGUCUCCUACAGGGUUCCCCACAAUGCUGCCGUCCAGGUGUAUGACUACAGAGAGAAGAAAGCCAGGGUGGUGUUUGGUCCUGAGAUGGUGAUGCUGGGACCUGACGAGCAGUUCACCGUGCUGUCGCUGUCCGGAGACAAACCAAAGGAGGCCAAUGUCAUCAAGGCCAUCUGCCUCCUGCUGGGACCGGACUUCUUCACCGACAUCAUCACCAUCGAGACGGCCGACCACGCCCGCCUGCAGCUGCAGCUGUCCUACAACUGGCACUUUGAUAUCAAGUCUCCUGCAGACCCUGCUGAUGCAGCUGCUCUGUUUUCCGUCCCUGACUUUGUGGGAGACGCCUGUAAAGCCAUCGCCUCCCGAGUCCGAGGAGCCGUUGCCUCCGUGCAGUUUGAUGAUUUCCACAAGAACUCGAACCGGAUCAUCUGCUCGGCCGUGUUUGGCUUCGAUGAGAAGCUGGUGGUUCGUCCCACUCUUCGCUUCAGCCAGAACAACCUGGUGAUCAGCAGCGUGGACAUCCAGUCUGUAGAGCCCGUGGACCAGAGGACACGAGACGCCCUGCAGAAGAGCGUCCAGCUCGCCAUCGAGAUCACCACCAACUCCCAGGAGGCUGCUGCACGGCACGAGGCCGAGCGUCUGGAGCAGGAGGCCCGGGGGAAGCUGGAGAGGCAGAGGAUCAUCGACCAAGCCGAGGCUGAAAGAGCCAGGAAGGAGCUGCUGGAGCUGGAGGCUCUCAGUGCUGCGGUGGAGAGUACCGGAGCUGCAAAGGCUGAGGCUCAGUCUCGGGCGGAGGCGGCUCGUAUCCAGGGAGAGGCGGCCGUCAGUGAGGCCAAACUGAAGGCGGAGGCUCAGAGGAUCGAGGCGGAGGCGGAGCUACAGCGUCUGGCGAAGGCUCGUGAGCAGGAGCUGAGCUACAAGAAGGAGAUGGACCGUCUGGAGGUGGAGAAGCAGCAGCGUCUGGCUCAGAUCGAGAGUCAGAGGUUCAGUCAGCUGGUGGAGAGUCUGGGCAGCGACACGCUGAAGGAGAUGGCCAGAGCCGGGCCCGAGCUGCAGGUCAAGUUGCUCCAGUCUCUGGGACUGAAGUCCACCCUCAUCACCGACGGAUCGUCGCCCAUCAACCUCUUCACCACAGCCAACGGCCUGCUGGGGGCGCUGCCGGGACAGGGACAGGGACAGUGAGGAAGAGGGUGAAGUGGAAUCAGAGAGGACAGUGUCCAAAAGUAAAGCUGGAAUCUGACACAUGCAGCACCUGUGACAUUUAGAUCACUGCAUAGGUUUUACAUCUCUGCAGUGAUGUGAAUCAGGAUCAGAAUCAGGAUCAGGAUCAGGAUCAGAAUCAGGAUCAGGAUCAUGUGUAACGUAUUAACGGCUCCAAAGUUCGUCCUGUCAGACGUAAACAUUAAAGACAGCUCUGAUUACUGCUCCAGCUCAGUCACAUUAAACUGACCAUCAGAACGUGAAUGAGAUUCCUUCUUCCUCCUCACGUCUCUGUUUCACUCAGCACUGUGAUGAAUUCAGUCAAAGAAACUGACCUCACCUGUAACCACACCCACAUGUCUGUCAGGUGUGAUCACACGUGAAACCAGAUUCUGAGGUUUACUUUUGGACAGACGUUGUCUCAGUCCAACAAUCUGUGCCUACAAACUAAGUUUCAGUGAUGUAACCUGCCAGCCAAAGAAUUCUGUUUCUGCUUUGCACUGCAUUUAAUCCUGAUGUUUACACAGUCGACAUGAAACUUUUCUGUGUCUGUGGGUUGAAGAUAAAGAUGUAGUCUGAUGCCUUCCUUUGCCUUUGCCUUAAAAUGCUGUUGUUUGUACAGGAGCCAUUAAAGUGCUGCUGCUGU